AUGGCCUCCGCUGCUCUGCAGGAAACUUGGUCGCGGAGGAACAUACCAUGCCUCGAGUGCAUGCUAUUCCUUGCGAGACUUGAACCUGAUAGAAUCCGACGGCACAGUCUCUGCUUAGAGAGCCCCCCAGGUGCUGCGCGCUGCCGUCGAUGCCAACAUCCCGAAACCUACAGCCGUUGCAUUGAGAUCCUUCGCGGAUCCGAGCUAGCCUGUAUAGCUGUGAACCUGAUCCAUGCCGUCAAAGCGUUCCAAGCCUCUAAGGAUGAGGACAAGAACGCACCUCAACUGAUCGCCAAUAUGCAAGCUCAGCAGACCCGUGCCCGUAAGGCCUGGGAGUCCAUAUGGGAGGUCAGAAAGCUCGAGGAGAAUCUGGAUGAGAAAGCACGAGAGGUUAGGCGGCUAGGGGAGAAGCUUGCUCAGAAGACAGGCGAGGUCAAACGCUUUGAGAAGAAGCUCAAUGAAAAGAAGUUGGCAGUAGAGAAGCUUAAGAACGAGAUCGGGCAGAGGAAGAACGAGUUGAGGGGACUCUUGAACAGUGUAGCAAUGUAG